AUGGGGAAAGGACCAACAAAACGAGGAGCCAGCUUCCGGGAUUCCACCCUCAGAGGAGCCUCCAUUGCUAGACCUGUUAAAUUACGUUUUUAUGUAAUUUCUUGUGGGGAUCAGUUGCUGAGAAAAGCAAGUUGGGAACUGGAAUUGGGGGAAAAGGAGAGAGAGAUGACCACAAGAGCAGUGUUGGCACGAGAGGAAUGGGUGUUGCGUGGAAAGUUCAGUUCUUUAAUUGACAGCCAUGCUGAUAUCCCGGGAAUAGCUGCAGCAGUAAUUGAAGUGGGAAUUAUCUUUAUGUUGUAUUAUGUCCAAGCAACGGCCGGCCUAACAUUGGAGGAGGCGUUAGGGCCUCUUGCUGGGGACGACAUUGGGGAGAGCUGUCAACAAUGCGAGCCUGUGGACCACUGCCCAUUUCAAGUCAUUGUCAACCCAGCCAGAGCUCGCAUUCGACAGCUGCUAAUGCAUCCUCUCUGCCAGUCAUGGGUCAUCGCAGCUGUGCAGGGAAAUAAUGAAGUUUCAAUGUGGGACAUGGAAACUGGAGACCGGCGAUUCACUCUCUGGGCCAGCAGUGCACCACCUCUCUCAGAAAUGCAGCCUUCAGCACAUAGUGUUCAUGGAAUCUACUGCAGUCCAGCAGAUGGGAAUCCUCUAUUGCUAACAGCUGGAUCAGACAUGAGAAUAAGGUUCUGGGAUUUGGCAUAUCCAGAGCGAUCAUACAUUGUAGCUGGAGGUGCAAAUGAUGCUCUGCAUUGCCCAUCUGUCUCUUACUACAGAAAGAUAAUUGAAGGCACUGAGGUUGUCCAGGAAAUUCACAGCAAGCAGAAAGUUGGAUCAUCAGAUGAUGUGCCACGCAGAGGUCCGGAAUCCCUCCCAGUUGGACACCACGAUAUUAUCACAGAUCUUGCGGCUUUCCAAACCACUCAGGGUUUUAUCGUAACUGCUUCACGAGAUGGAAUUGUCAAAGUUUGGAAGUAGAAGUGCAGAUGUAUUUCAGUUGGUUUUCAUCAAUAUAAUGUUAAAGAAACAACUGCAUUAAUACAUUUGAUUACAGUAUGGAGCAGAGAAAAUGAUGUAGAUAAUUGCCUCAUGAAAAUGAAAGCCUAAUAUGUGUAACAUUCUUAUUUUUAUGGGAAAGAGUAUGUUCACAUUUUCUAAUUAUUUAACCUUUACAUCCUAAAUGAUGUUCGAACUGCAGAAAGGAGUUUGCACAUAUUACUUCAUAAUCCAGAAUAUGACUAACAGCAGCUUAUAAGCUUUGAAUGUAUUCUCGCCAUUCUGUGUGUGCGUGUGUAAAGAAUUUGUUCUCAGUGUUUGAACUUUGUUAAUACAAGAAUAUGUAUAAUGUUUUUUAAAGUCAGAUUUGCGUCAAUUCCAAAUAAUUUCAUCGUGAAUUAUUCAAGAGCACUUUGGAAUUUGAAAGAGCAUAUAACUUUAAGUAAAUUAUUAAAACAUUUUUGGGCACCUUCAGAUGGAUAAUAUGCCUGAUGUAAGUUUCUUCAUAUGUUAGUUUGGUUCUGUGUGGAGACCACUUGGAAACAGGGUAUGACCAGAAUCAUUAAAAGUAAACUCUUGAAUGGUU